AUGGUUGAGUUAAGGGCAUCCGAAUUUCAAGGACUUGUCAUAGGCAGCAGGCCCACAAGAAUAACCAUUAAGUUUAAGACUGAUGACUACUUAAAGAUUGUUAGUUCAUCAUGUAUGGGAUUGCUUCUCUUCAGGAGUUCUCUUCGGGAGCUUUUUUAUGUUUGCAAUCCAAUUUUGGGUGAGUACACUAUCAUUCCACGAGUUAGAGAAAACACCUUUUCUUGUGUUAACGUUUUUCUUGGGUUCAGUUCCAAGACUAUGGAAUUCAAGUUGCUUCGAUUCUUUAAGCAGCAGGGGCAUGGUCAUAAUAUAUACAUGGCUGAGGUACAUACUCUUGGUACAGAUUCAUGGAGAAGCAUUGGCGAGGUUCCAAACAUUAUUCAUUAUUCGGCAUUGCAUGGAACAUUUUUGAAUGGAGCCCUUCAUUGGUUUGUUGUUAAUGAUGAUGAGACAUCUCUAUGUUGUUUUAACCUUGAUAAUGAGCAAUUCCAACCGUUCCCAAGACCAUCACAAUUUGCUAAAUGCAGCAAAAUCUCCCAUAAAAUGAGAAGGAUGAUGAGCAUGGGUGUUGUGAAGGACCAACUGUUUUUAUGUCAUCCUUUUAAUAAUUCAGUUCUUGAAAUAUGGGUGAUGGGAGACUAUGGUAUCUCGGAAUCUUGGACUAGACUGCACGUGAUCAACUUACCCAUUAACCUGACGUCUAAGGCAAUAGCCUUUUUGGACAAUGGAGAAAUCCUGAUGUCAAAAUUUUUUUAUUGUCAAGAAAUUCUUACAUUGCAUCAUUCUGAUCUCGUUUCCUACAAUCCAAAGGAAGGAAGUUUUAGAAAGAUCACCACUAAUAUGAAAGCAGAGUAUCAAAUUGUUGCUUACACUCCAAGCUUCAUCUCCCUCAAAGAUGCUGCGGUGAUAGUAAAAAGGUUUUAG